UAUUCUAUAUAUUUUAUGAAGUACAAUCAAGCUCUGCUGAAGGAAAUUGCAAAUGCAAGAUUUGAAGGGGUUGAAACAGCUAAUUUGUUACUUAUUGGGCCACAGCAGGCAGGGAAGUCGUCAUUUAUCAACUCUAUCAUAAGCAUCGCAAAGGGAAGAAAAUCCAACAAGACAGCAGCACUGGGUAGAGGAGAUUCAGUCACAGAAAGGUUAUUAACAGUAAGUGGCCAAGGUCUUCGGAGGAAACUUCGUUUCAAAGAUACUGUAGGAAUAAUUGAAGCCACUCAUCCAGAUGUCACCUGCGAUAACAUUAAACAAAUAUUGGUUGGUGAUGUGAAACAUCGCGAAAUGCUGUACCAGGGAAGCCGCUCAUAUGAGAAAAUAGAGUCUACGUAUGGGCCUUCUAAGACGACAGCUCACUGUGUCAUAUUUGUUAUUGAUGCGAAUGUACUUAACACGUACAAGGAAAACGCACACCAAGGCACAAUCGAGUUUAAGAUCAAGAAUUUGAUGGAUAAAGUUAAAGAUAUGGGUAUACCAUUUAUCUUAGUCUUGACGAAAAUAGAUCAGCUGUGCGAGGAAGUGGAAAAUGAUAUCUCUGUGACUUUCCGAAGCGUAGGGGUUAAAGAAGCUGUUGAUACAGCGAGGAGAAUAUUUGGAUUUCAAGAAAUCGACAUAUAUCCUGUUAAGAACUACGAAAAGGAAACAAAGAUGAAUCCACUUAUGGAUAUGCUUAUUCUAGAAGCAAUUCGCCAAGCGAUUAAUUAUUCCGUUGACUAUCUCGAAGACUUACAAGAAAACUGAAAGGACUAGAACAUGUCAAACAAACUGAAACCCUGUUGCUUUUUAAAACAAUUUAUUAAUACUUACUUGUUAAUUACGUUUUAUAUUAAUAUAAAAAACUGACAUUAAAAGGCAGUGAUAGAUUGUCAUGAAAUGUCUUUAAACGAGAUACGGGAUAUCAUAAUUUAUAGCUUCCAGAAAUAUCACUGGUCAGAAACCAGCCUUUUUUACUGAAUUGAUGUUGUUUAUAAGUCAGUUUCUUAAAUAUGAACUUACACUGAUUGUAAAACUUCAGCUCUGCAACAUCAGGAAACACGGCUCAUAUUAUCUAGUGUGGCAAAGGAUAUACAUAAGGGAUAUUUAAUUUACAUCUUAAAAUGUUACAUUUUAUACUAAGUCUAGUAAGAGAACCGGUUUUGUGUAAAAAAAAAAAAAAAAAACAUGAUAAAUUAAUAUUCUCAGGUAAGAAAGGUACAUAGAUCAGCACCGAAGCAGCUUUAAAAUUUUACCAGACAGGUGAGGUACAUGACAACAAACCAAAGGGAAUCUACCCUGCAAGAUACUGUAAUGUAUAAAUUUCGUUCGUUCUCUCCCUUAGAUAGAGAAAAUAAUUGGCGAGUUGAUCUUUUUCAAGCAAAUUAUAGCUUUUAGUGUAUUAUGAAAACGAUAUCAAUUAAUGUCUUCUGUAUUCACUUUACUUUCCAGCGUACCAUUUCUACCCCACUUGAUAUCCUUAAGGUGACAGGGGAGUGCAAAUUUGCGAAUUCCACAUUGACGUGUGGGUACCAGUGUUGAAAUAUCCAUAGAAAUCUUGUUUUUGCUUAAUUUUCUUUGAAACUACUAUGAAUCAUUGCAGAUACUAUAGACUACAUAAAGACGACUCUCCGGUCCUAUACACCUGUCGCUUUCCACGCCAGAUGUAGUGAAAAUCGGCCAAAUCACCCAAGAGUUUUAUAAACCAAAAAAUAGCCUAACCGGGCCUCACUUUGAACUCUGCCAUUCACCCAUUUUAUGUAUAUUUAAAUCCAAUUUCGUAGCAUAUAUGUAUAGUACGAACAUAGAUGCAUACCCAGGUGGUGUCGAAUGUGUCUGCCAACCACCACUUUACCUAAUUUUUACUUGAAAAAAAGUGGAUGGAUGACAGCCACGCAUCUGGCCGACUUUUUGUUCUGAUAUUUAUGUUUUAGCCUCAACCGGAAGUACGGAGCUAGGAAUUUUAAAAUACCCGCCAUGUAGAAUCAUUAACCGUUCCUCAUUCCCCAGAUACAUUAAAGAAUUAAUAAGGAUAAAUAACCAGUAAGAUAGAUAUGCCUUUAUAUCUACCCUGUCCUGUUUAUACAGAAAAUCGACCAGGCCAAAACUACGAAACCGCCCCCCUGCCACCCAAGAGUAAACUUUUGUUCUAUUGCGCAUGCGCACACACAUUUCAUGCACAUUAUCAUGACAUAAAACGUUCUUACUAAUCUGCCGACAAGUGUUUUGUUCCAACUAAGGGAACAAUCGUUUUGAUGUUAGGGAUAAUAAAAACAAUAUCUUAAAUAACGACGAAAUAAAGUUGUUAUGUAACUCAUUUAGUUCGAGCAGUAUUAUAUACUAGCGGAAAAAAGAAACUGUGCAUGUGUAAAUGUUCAUGUAUCGCUGAAUUUUAUAAAUUAAAGCUUGAAACUUUACACAGGUAAGCUGUGUAUCCCUCUCAGUCAUUUGCUGAUGCAAUAACCAUAUCAGCUGAGCUGGUGUUAAAUAAAGAUCAGAUAUAACCCUGUUGAUUUUUUUUUGCGAUUUCUUAUACAUGUCUCCUAAGUUAUAGAAUAUUCUAACACGACCAGCAAAUAACCUACAUACAUGUAGAGCAAAAUCAAUCUCGGGUUAUUCUGCAAUAUACCACUCGCGUGCAAUGACGUCAUCCGAUCCAGGUGCGUUGCGCGGUCGUAAAAAGUAGUUACCUUUUUUUUUCUAACACUGUUGAUACUAGUAUGUCGUGUUAGAAUCGAAAUAAUAAGUUCCCAAGUGUGAUUUAUCAUAGAAUAACCAGAGUUUUUCGUUCUUAUGCGAAACAAUAUGUCGCUCAGGCCUACGGCCUUCGUGAUAUAUUUUUACGCAUAAGAACUCAAAAC